ACUGAUGACUCCGGGGCUGUUGUUUUAGGGCUGUUUGUUGGUAUUUGCAGAGCUGCGAUAGCUGAAUUUUACCUUCCAUGGUAACAUCAGCAGCCCUGCCCAUCGCCUCAGGCUGGAUAACACAUUCCUUUGCUCGCUUGUUUUGACGCACCCAUGGGAAACCCGAAGGUUUACAGAGGGAGUCGUAAAAGAUAACACACUGUACUCCAACUGUGUUUAUCUUUCUGGGAAACAUAAUCAUCAGUGCUUAGAAAGACCGUGCAGGAUUAGCAUUUCACGUUGAUGGUGACAAACUAUGCAGUGUAGAAGACUGUAUUCCAGGCACAGGAGUAUACAUGCGGCACGGCUACAUAUACUCCUCACUAGCAGGCUACGUGCUCAGGAAAAACGAGGGAGAGGAGUUACCGGUGAUCUCAGUGGUGAGGGAAACAGAAACGCAGCUACUGCCAGAUGUAGGAGCAAUAGUCACCUGCAAGGUAACCAGCAUCAACCCCAGAUUCGCAAAAGUGCACAUCCUUUACGUAGGCUCCACACCGCUGAAGGACCGCUUCAGAGGGACUAUCAGAAAAGAAGAUGUGCGCGCAACAGAGAAAGACAAGGUGGAGACAUACAAAAGCUUCCGACCUGGUGACAUUGUCUUGGCAAAAGUUAUAUCUCUCGGGGACGUUCAGUCUAACUACCUGUUGACAACAGCAGAGAAUGAACUGGGGGUGGUGGUGGCACACAGUGAAGCAGGUGCCCAGAUGAUCCCCAUCAGCUGGUGUGAGAUGCAGUGCCCUCAAACGCACACCAAAGAAUUCCGCAAAGUGGCGCGAGUUCAGCCUGAGUAUCUACAGGCAUGAGGGUCCUGGGAGUUCUCUCCAUCACAAGGAACACACAAUUUCCCCCUCUUCCUCAGUCACCGUCGUCAAGUAGCCUGCCAGCUUGUUUCAGAUGUUUUCUGCGAGUCUGGGCGAUGUGCGAUUCAUUGGCUUCUCUUCUGGUUUCAUGUCUUUCUAAAGUGUUUUUUCUUAAAAUAGCAAUCUCUGCGCACAGUUUUUCAUCCUUUUAUUGUGCUCACUUUAAAAAAAACACGGAAGAGGCCAAACUGCAAAACUUGUCAGGACAUGUUCCUAGCAAUGCAUAGUGGCUGUUUUUGCAUCAAACAUGGGUGUUCAGUUGCCUUUAAACUCCCUGAUGACAGCCUGAUUAGAACUGUAUCAGUUCGCUCAGGAUAUUACCAAACAGUCACAAAGCUUUACACAUCAGAAUUUUGCAUUUCAUGAAUAAAGUUUAUUUUUUCCCACAAAUGCAGGAUUGUCUCAGUAUUCUGACAUUAAGUAACAUGGCAGAUCAUCAGGUUGGUCAAGGGAACUGUUUUUGCAUGAUGUCAUGUACAAGCCACUAACCUGCCUUUUUAAUUAUUAUUGUUUUAAGAAAAGUAUCCAUUUACCUGGAAGAUAUUUUCAUCCAGAAACUCAUUCAUACUUAUUCCUCUCGACCAACAAUUGUCCACGGCUGAAUAAGAUUUACAACACAGCUACCAUCCACGGAAUACUGAAGUACAACACGAUAGUCAAAUAUUGUUUCCCAGCAUAUUUGCAUAAGUGAACUAUUAUGAGCCAAUGACAAGCAAGCAGUGAUGCUUUGGUUUUCUUUGUAGUGAACAUGAGCUUUAAAAAUUCUUUCUUUCCUUUAAGUCAAGCGAAAGAAUGAAAUAAAGUGACUAUCGAAACCA